UUGAAAGGGUGGCGCGGGGUUCCGCUGUGGCUCUGCUUUCUUUUUUUUAAGAGACAGGUCAGCUUAACUGAUGUACCCAUUGCCGUCGAGUGGAUCCCGACUCAAAGCGACACUAUAAGACAGAGUAGAACUGCCCCAUAGAGUUUCCAAGGAGCGCCUGGUGGUUUCCAACUGCCGACUUUUUGGUUAGCAGCCGUAGCUCUUAAGCAUUAGGCCACCAAGGUUUCCUGAGUUAUGGACAGCGAGGUCCUAUUCCCGCACAGCCUCUUACAGAGUUGCCUUUGGGGGAGGAAGAGGGAUGGAAAAAGAGCCCAUUUUAUGCAAUUACCAUGGUCUUUAGUUAAGAAAGACCCACCCGAGUUCAAAGCCUGCAUUUCAGCUUUCUUACUAGCUGCAACAAGCUAGUAAGGGUGCUCAGCGAUGUUUUGCAAUUUUGUAAUCUAGGAAUGAUGCCUACCAACUAGGUUGUUGGGGUUUGAAUAAGACAAUGUAUUCGAAGCACUUAGUUCCGGUUUUACAAAUCAAAUCCGUGUUUCAGCCUCAGGUGUACACUUGCCUUUUUCUUCUUAGCAAGUUUGAGAAGUACUUAGUUUUCAAGAGGAACAGCUAAUUUCGAGAUCCAAAGUCCCGUUCCUUAAGACAGAUGAGCAUUCCAAAAGGUUUGGGCUACCUGACCAUUAUGGCACCAAGAAACCUCUUGUAUAUGAGAAGUAACUUCAUCCUCACUUCAAGAUGCUGGAUGAUCCGAUUUUCAACAGAAAUCCUUUUCAAAUCAGUUUCAUUUAGGCUUUUUGGCGUGAAGUGUAAUAACGCAGAUGGCAAGUCUUUGGAGAAGGAUGAGCUCUUGAACAACUUACUUACUAUGGGAGUAGAUAUUGACAUGGCAAAGAAACGACAGCCUGGAGUUUUUAAUAGGAUGGUUACUAAUGAGCAGGACCUGAAGAUGUUCCUUUUGUCCAAGGGAGCUAGCAAAGAAGUGAUUGCUAGCAUCAUAUCAAGAUAUCCACGAGCCAUAACACGGACACCGGAAAGCCUUUCAGAACGAUGGGAUCUGUGGAGGAAGAUUAUGGCAUCAGACCUUGAAAUUGUAAAUAUUGUGGAACGUUCUCCAGAAUCCUUUUUUCGGUCCAGUAACAACCUAAACUUAGAGAAUAAUAUAAAGUUCCUCUACUCAAUUGGAUUGACCCAUAAAUGCCUUUGUCGAUUGUUGACUAAUGCUCCACGUACCUUCUCCAAUAGUCUUGAUCUGAAUAAACAGAUGGUUGAAUUUUUACGAGAGGUCUGUUUGUCCUUGGGCCACAAAGAUCCUGCAGAUGUUGUCAGAAAGAUAAUUUUUAAAAAUCCUUUUAUCUUGAUUCAGAGCACCAAACGAGUGAAAACUAACAUUGAGUUUUUACAGUCAGCUUUCAACUUGAACAGUGAGAAGCUGCUGGCUCUGAUAUGUGGCCCAGGAGCUGAAAUUCUAGGCCUUUCCAGUGACUGUGCCAAAAGAAACUACGCAAAUAUCAAAGAGAAGCUGUUUUCUCUUGGGUGUACCGAAGAAGAUGUGCAGAAGUUUGUCUUAAGCUAUCCAGAUAUGAUCUUGUUGGCAGAGAAAAAGUUUAAUGACAAAAUAGACUACCUCAUACAGGAAAAAAUUAACAUUUCACAAAUAAUUAAAAAUCCUCGGGUUCUGGAUUCAAGCCUGAAUACUUUAAAAACUAGAAUCAAUGAAUUGAUAAAUGCUGGCUAUGACUUGAGUACAUCCAGUAUCACUCCUCUGUCUUGGAGUCUAAAAAGAUAUAAAGCUAAAUUGAAAAAGUUAAAUGGAUGGAACACUGGGAAUUUGAAAAAUCUUUUAGUGUAGUCAUAUCAUUUCAUGUUGAAUUUGGGCCUUUCGUCAAGGAUAGAUACAUGGUCAGUGGCUAAUAAUCUAAGAAUAUGGCUUUCAUGUGAAAAACCUGACUAUAGGCUCCUUCUCUGUUAGACUGUAAUGCCCCACACCUCACACCCAGAAGUAUGACCUAGUGGAGAUAUAGGGGAAAAUCUGUUGGUGGCAGAGCCCUGGCCACAAACUUUGAUAGUAGACAUUGUUACACAGCCUGGAAAAGCCUGGCACAAGCAAGGUAGGACAGCAGGAUUGCAUUAUUAGAUUUUGAGAAGAGAUCAUAGCAGAAAUCCAGUUGCCCAACAUUGGAGCGGGAGAGGAUGAGCUGUGACUCUUCAUUGGCCUCUAGGGAUCAUCUCUGGAGGGACUGGCUCCUGGGUCUGAACAGCCCGGGUGUCCUUAACUGGCCAAGACUCCCUGGGCUUAGGCUGUUCAUUCAUCCUUAGUUUAUUCCCCAUUAAUUUGGGAACUGGUGCAGGACUGAGCUAUGGAAUCAGUUUUGAGAACCUGAGGAAGGUGUUCAUGGUAAAUGUCGUAACCAGGCUAUCUCUGUCUUAACUAUUUUCCUGUUUUUGAUACUCUCCAAAAUGAUGCUUUUGCCUCUUCACUUUCUUCCGCUCUUUCCAAGAUGACUGUUCUUUACCCCUUUGCUUUCACACUUCCCCUCACCCACCCAAUCACAGAGGUUAGUGGAAUAAAAAGAAACUAAAAUGCAUAUAGACUUUUUUGUGAUGAUUUAAACCGUGUUCUUGGUAGGCAAGGACUUUUAGCCUUUUGACUAAUUUCUGAGUGGAAUUAGGUAUAGUGACAGAUCUACUGAUAGAAUCCCAAUUUAUGUCUCCGUUUCACUAUUAAUACCACAGGUAUUUGGAAGUUGUACUUAAUUGCAGUUUUGAGUGAACAUUUAUCUUAGGCUGGGUUCUCUAGAGAGGCAAAACCAGUGAAGCAUACAUAUGUAGGUAGAUAUAUGUGUAUAUAUAUAUGUAUAUAUUACUGUAUCAUUAUCUCAAAGAAAUGGCUCACAUGGUUGUAGAGGCUCGCAAGUCUCAAGUCUGUGUCAGGUUGGAGGUUUCUGACUCGUGCAGCUGCAGGGGCUGAUGAACGGCAGGUCAGAUGGUAGGCUGCUGGCUCAUGGCCUGAGGAUGCCUACACAUCCCAAGAUCAGCAUGUGAUACAGCAGGCUGCUGGCUCAAGGCUCAAGAAAUGGAGGUCAGAUGAUGCUGAGCUGGAUGCAGGAUCCAGAGUGAGCAAAAGCUGGCAAACUUUGCUAGAAUGUCCAUAUAUAUUGGGUCAGGCCACAACCCUGAGGAAACUCCCCUUAGAACUGGUAGGCUGAUCACAUCAGAGAGGUGAUUACAUUAUAUCGCAAAGUGGAGGAUAGUUAUGUCAUUACACAACUGCCACAUUAAAUCAUUAUGUAACUGCCAAACCACUGAGAAUCAUGGCUGAGCCAAGUAGACACACAACCUUAACCAUCACAACACUGAUGAACUUACGUACAUGAAUUGUUUUGUGUUCGUUAUGAAAAAUUUCAAUAUGGUGGUAUCAGAGUUCUUCCACCUCCAUUGGUUAUUUCAGUGCCGCCUUAACCAGCUGUCAGGGUAUCUUCAGUUUAUGCCCACCAUGAUUUUCUUUCUUUUUUUUUUUACUUUGCAGUGGAAAUGAAUUUUAUUCUCUAAUAAAACACAAUCAUUGUAAAUGCCUUUGAACAAUACAAGGACACAAACUUCCAGCUAACCUGUUUAUUCUUAGUAUAUAAAAAGGUUUAUUUAAAUCAGGGAUUAAUGAUUUUUUAAAAAUUCCUUUUGCAAAAUUAUCUUUUAACCCAUUAAUGAAUGGCUUCAGUAGAUUUCUUUGCAUCACCCUUUGCUUUACUAAGACCUAUGCUCGGAAUUGACGGCACUGGGUGGGUAUGCUGGCUUUCAGGAGCCCUGGUAGUGCAGUGGUUAAGCAGUUGCUAACCAAAAGGUCAGCGGUUUGAACCCACCAGCUGCUCUGUGGGAGAAAGAUGUGGCAGUCUGCCUCUAUAAAGAUUUACAGCCUUGGAGACCCUAUGAGGCAGUCCUCUUCUGCCCUACGGGGUCGCUAUGAGUCAGAAUUGACUGAAGGGUAAUGGGUUUGGUUCAUGUUGGUGUUAAUACACUGCCGUAUUCAAUUUACUAAAACUUAGGAUUUUUCAUUAGUAUUCAUAAGGUAGUUUGGUUUACAACUUCUCCCCUCAUCUUUUUAUAGUUCUUUAUUUUGGUAGCACUGCCACUUUGUCAGGUUUUUGAAUCAGGGUUGUGCUAGCCUCAUGAGAUUAAUGUGGAAGCUUUUUUCCCCCCUGUGCUUUGGAAGGAAACCCUGGUGGCAUAGUGGUUAAGUGCUACGGCUGCUAACCAAAGGGUCUGCAGUUUGAAUCCACCAGGCGCUCCUUGGAAACUCUGUGGGGCAGUUUUACCCUGUCCUAUAGGGUCGCUAUGAGUCGGAAUCGACUGGACGGCACUGGGUUUGGUUUUUUUGGUUUUAUGCUUUGGAACCACUUGAAAACUAGAAAUUAUCCACUCCUUUAGAGUUUGGAGGAAACCUCAUGGCAUAAUGGGUAAGUGCUACAGCUGCUAACCAACAGGUCAGCAGUUCAAAUCUACCAGGUGCUCCUUGGAAACCCUAUGGGGCAGUUCUACUCUGUCUUGUAGGGUUGCUAUGAGUUGGAAUCAACUUGGUGGCAAUGGGUUUGGUUUUUGGUUUUUUAGAAUUUGGCAGAACUUGCCUGUGAAAAUAAUCUAGGCCUGGUGUCUUGUUCAGGAUAGAGCUUUGAUAACAAUGGGAAGUUGUAGAGGCUUGUAUAAAUAAAGGCUUUUGACCUAGAUUUUCUUUGUGGAUAUCAAUAUAAAGCUCUCUUUUGACUUAGUUAAUGCAUUUUGCUUUGAAUUUUAUGUUAACAUUACUAUGCCUCAUGUCCAUACAAAAACUUGUACACCAGUGUUCAUAACAACUUGUAAUAACCGAAAACUGGAAAUAACUGGUGAUAUAUUCAUAUCCUGAUACAUCCAUGCAGUGGAAUAUUACUCAGCAGUACAAAACAAUGAACUGUAUAUACAUGUAACAACAUGGAUGAAUCCCAAAAUAAUUAUGCUGAAUGAAAUAGCCCAGAUGAAAAAAAGACUACAGUCUCUAUGAUUGCAUUUAUAUAAAAUCCUAGAAAAUGUGUAAACCAAUCUAUAGGGCAGGAAGCAGACCAGUAUCUGGGGGUGGAGAUGGGGUGAGGUGGGGAAAACCAGGAAGGAAGAAUUACAAAGGAGCACAAGGAAACUUUUUCAGGUGAUGUAUAUAUUCAUUUUCUUGAUUGUGGUGUUGGUUUUGUGAGUGUAUAGGUAUGUCAAAACUUAAACUAUAAAUUUUAAUUAUGUACAUUUUUGUGUACUUCUGUUGUUAGCUGCUGUUGAGUUGGCCCUGACUCAUGGUGAUCCUAUGCACAUCAGAAUGAAUGCUGCAUGGUCCUUCUCCAUCCCCGUGAUCAGCAGUCAAUCAGACUGUUUUGAUCCAUAGGAUUUUCAUUCACUGAUUUUUGAAAGUAGAUUGCCAGUCCUUUCUUCUACUCUGUCUUAGUCUGGAAGUUCCUGUAAAGCCUGUUCAACAUCAUAGCAACAUGGAAGCCUCUGCUGACAGGUGGUGGCUGUGCGUGAGGUGCCUCGGGAGGGAAUUUAACCUGGGUCUCUGCAUGGAAGGUGAGAAUUCUACUACUGAACCACCAUGUUCUUCAAUUAUACCUCAAUAAAGUUGAACAGUCCAUCCUUGCAUCACUGAUUUGGCAUGCUGUUUUUAUCUAAAUUUCCAUGUAUGUAUAUGUUUCCUAACUCUCUUCAGUUCCAUCAAACAAAUGUAUUUGACUUCGUAUUUCUAUAUCAAUAUUAAGAAUUGAACAGUAUCUUUUUUCAAUAGUAUUGGGAGACAUGGGAAACCAUCUAGAGGAAAAAAAAGAUUAAUUCAUACUCACAACAGCAGAGUAGACUCAAAAUGGAGCAGUCUCGAGCCCUGUACUGCUCAGCCUUUGCCUUAGCCUUGUACCUAACCACUUAUGCUCAAGUUGGGCUAUGGCAUGAGUUAGACACUGGGUUGAAUACCAGUGGCUUUUUAUUCUAGAGGGUUUCCUUGGACUUGACUGUGAUCUUUGGACUGGAAUUUAGCAGGAGAGUAGCUACUCCCUGCUUUGGUCUUGCUAUUUCUCUGGUGCAGGUUAAUUUGGACUUCGACUUUUCUCCCACAAGAGCACAAGGGCUCUGGUGAAAUCCCAUGCCCGAUGGAGAGCCAAUGUGUUACUUUGAUUAGUAAUAGUAAACUGACUGGAUUUACUUUCUUAGCAGCCACACACAGCUGCCUUUUCUAAUGAAUGUUGGAUGCAGGGAUUCAGGUGAGGCAUUUCUUCCUUUGUGCUUUCCCGGCGUACUGAUGGUCAUGUUACCCUCGAUACUAAAUAAAGUCUUUAUAGCAAAAUCAGUUCACUUAGGUCAGUGUUAGCCCACUCUGCAUUUUUGAAUGUCUCUCUCAGACCUGGUCAGCUUUUCAGAAUGCGUAUUUUUCCUGACUGAAGCUACAUGAUAGUUUCUGGGUGGUGCAAGAGAUUAAGUGCUUGGCUACUAACCAAAAGGUUGGUAAUUCAAACACACCCAGAGGUGCUUCUGAAGAAAGGCCUGGUGAUCUGCUUCCAAAAGUUCACAGACUUGAAAACCUAUGGAGUGCAGUUCCGCUCUGGAAUAUAUGGGGUCACCAUGAGCUGGAAUUGACAGUACCUGGUGGUGGUGGAAGCUGCAGGACUGCGUUUCACGUCAGCACGAUUGCAGCCUAUCGGUUUAGCUAAACGUGAUAAACUAUUUACAGAGUGAAAGAUUCAGUUUAGUGUAUGAUUAAUAAAAAAGGUAACUGAUAAAAGGAUUAGAAUUGGGUCUGUUCAUCCUGUAUUUACUUGUAUGGCACUGUUUUGGGUAGAACCUCAUGAACUGCAGGGGGACACCAGACCAUCUGUUCUACUAAUAAAACCUCCCCAUUUGCUUGAAUGUGAGCAUAGUAUUGUCAUGCUGAUGAUUGGCGAUCAACAGAAGAUAACACAAACGAGCCUAUUUUUUUGAGGUCCUUUGUAGGCCUGAGAUUUUUACAUUGUGUAAGUAAGGUGGCCCCUGAAAUUUUUGUGGCCGGUUUUACAUAUGCCCUUUGUAUCUGAAAUUCAGCUUUGGAACCACUUGGCACAGUGGUUCCAAAACCUAGUUGAUUCAUGUCAUUACAAUCAUCUACUGAGUAUUUUUUCUAGAAAUUCACUAGUUAUUUCCCUACCACAGGGCAUUUUUUUUUAACCGUGCCCCUCCGUAGGCUCCAGCUUCCUGCCACGUGGCCAGGGCUCAUCUCUCUAUAGAUUGAUGUUUCUUUUCUGUCUUGCACCUCUGUCCCAGGCUCCAGAGGGUAAUGCCAAAGUUUCAGUUACUUGAUUGUUAGUUGAUCUUGAAGAUCAAUUUUAUGGAUCUUUGUCUAAAUAAAGCCCAUCUAAGCUGUGCCUAGAGGAUCUCCUCUUUCAUAGCCAAAAUGUUCAUUAAGUUAUUUUCUUAAAUAAGGAACAGUUUUUCCUUGAGAUGUAUUCUGGUCCUCCAAGGCAUCUGGCUCAAACUGAAUCUAAAUUGAAACAUUGAUAAUACUGAAUUUUUCCUUUCCAGUGGGAAAAUUUCUGUCUUUUUUGAGGAACUCCUGCUGUAUUUGAUGUUGUUUGAAUAAGUAAUACAUGCUCGUGGAAUACAGUUCUGAAGGCACAAAAGGAUUUAGAGUGCAAAAUGAAUCCCCCUCAUCCCCACCUAGUUAAGCCUACAUUGUAACAUAAAAUAUAUACUGUUGUUUUAACUUUCUUUUUUUGUUUGUUUUUAAAUAGCUUAGGGAUCAUUCUAUAUCAGCAUAUAAAGAGCUGCUUCAUCCUUUUUAAUGUCUGCAUAGUAGUCCAUCACAUGGAUAUAUCAAAUAUUUUUAACUGGUUCUAAUUGAUAGAAAUUUAAUCAUUUAAUGUAUUGUUAUUACAAAUACUCCUGCAAGAACAGCUUUCAAUAUUAUUUUUCAUAUGUACAAAAUAACUAUAGGACCAAUUUGUAGAAUGGAAUUGUUGGAUCGAAAGAUAUGUGCAUGUUGAAUUUCGACAGAUAUUGUCAAAAUGCCUUUCAAUUACACUUCUAUCAACAAUGUGUGAGGAUGACCGUUUCUUUUUCACCAACAGCAGGUUUUCAAUGAUUAAGUUUUUUGAUCUUUGCCAACCUGGUAUCUCCUAACUUUAGUUUGUACUUAACUUUAUUAUGAGUGAGGCUGAACAUCUUUUUGUAUAUUUGAAACCUCAUGUAUUUCUUUUUUUCUAAUUUUUUUAUCCCUGUUGCCCAUUUCCCCCCCAGUUAAGCAGCUUAUCUUACUGAUUUGUGGAAGUACUUUAUAUAUGAAGGGAAUUAGCCCUUCAACUUUGAUAAUGCUGCAAUUUUCCCCUCUAAAUUUUGUUUUUUUUUUGAUAGUAUAUUUUUUGCCAUACAGUAUAUUAUAAUUUGUAUGUAAUUGGAUUUAUGUAUCAUUUCUCUCAUGGUUUCAGAGUUUAGAAAGACUUUCCCGUUCUGAUAUUAUAAAAUAUUACCCACAUUUUCUUCUCAUAGUUUUAUGAUUAAAAUAUUAAAUUUCGAUCCAUCUUAAUACCAUUAAUUGAAUAAGCCUGUCUUCUUUGAUGGAUAUCUGUUUCAUGUCUAUAUCUGUGGUACCAUUUAUUUCCAUUUAUUCAGGUCUGUUUAAUUUGUGUGUGUGUGUGUGUGUGACCUGCAAGAGCAUUUAAAAUUUUUUCUUCAUAUAGCUUGGGUACAUUUCUAACUAAAUUUGAUCCUAAGCAUUUUAUCUUAUUACUGCUAUUGUAAAUGAGAUUUUUAUUCACUUACAUUUUGUAACUGAUUAUAUACAGGGAAGCUAGCUAUUGUCAAUUUUUUUAAACCAUUCUUUCCUCUGGUUUAAUUGCUUCAUCUGAUAGUUCCAUAACAAUGUUAAAUAAUCAUGCUAGUAAUAGACAUUCUUUUCCUUAGCUUUAAUAGGAAUAUGUCUGGUGUUUCUCAUUUAAGCAUGAUAUGCAAUUUUAUAAUGUAUUGACAAAAUUCUAUUUUAAUAAGAAGGCUUUUAUUAAAAUGAAAAUUAAAUGCCAAAUUUGAUCAAAUGCCAUUUUUUGCAUCGAUGGUGAUUAUGAUUUUUCCUUUUGGUUAGGGUGAGUUAUUGCUAAUAAUGAGUAUUCUACCAUCCCUGAUAUGAACUUAGCUGGCCAGGUAUAUUAUUCUUUUAGUGUGCUUCUAAAUUGUGUUUGGUAAUAAUUAAGUUAUGAUUUGUAAGUAGAUAUUUAAAAUGAGACUGAUCUGUGUGGUUUUGUUUGGUGCAAUGUAUGUUGGGUUUUAUUGUUAGUGUUUUUUUGCUAGUUGCAUUCGAACAAAACAAAAUACAAAUUCUCACUUACGGUACACUUCCUGGAGCCAUGAAGGUUGGAUGAACCCCUUGCCCCAAGAUAAUCUUUAAACCUUAAACCUAAAAUACUCCCUGCAGUCUUCUUAAAACAAAACAGUAGUUUAGCUUAACUAGUAAACAAUAUCAGCCUUACGUGAACGUUAGACCUUCUCACCGUAUCAUUUAUGUACCUUACCAUCUCUUCUUGGCUGUCCUUCCUAUUGUCUCUCUUUGUUUCAUUCUGGGCAUUUGUUCUGAUUUAUCCCACAUUUACUAAUUCUCUCUUCAGCUACGUCUAAUCUGCUGUUAAACUCUUUAGUUAUUGUAUUUUUCAGUUCUAGAAUUUCCUUAUGCUUAUUUUUAAUUUUUUUUUGUGCUUUAGGUGGACGUUUACAACUCAAGUUAAUUUCUCAUACGAAAAUUUAUACACAUAUUGCUAUGUGAUACUAGUUGCAAUUCUUAUAAUGUGACAGCACAUUUCCACUUUUCACCCGGGGUUUCUUGUGUCCAUUCAGUCAGUUCCUGUCCCUUCUUGCCUUCUCAUCUUGCCUUUGAACAGGAGCCACCCAUUUGGUCUCAUUUAUCUGCUUGAACUAAGAAGCACACUCUUCAUGAGUGUUAUUUUAUAGUGUGGUCUAUCUUUGAAGAGUGGGGUUUGGGAAUGGUUUUAGUUCUGGGUUAACAGAGUGUCUGGGGGCCAUGGCUUUGGGGGUUCCUCUAGUCUUAGUCAUACCAUUAAGUCUGGACCUUUUAUGAGAAUUUGAGUUCUGUUCCACAUUUUCUCCCUCUUCAUCAGGGACUCUGUGUUGUGUUCCCUGUCAGGGUGGUCAUUGAUGGUAUCUGGGCACCAUCUAGUUCUUCUGGUCUCAGGCUGAUGAAUUCUCAGGUUUAUGCGGCUCUUUUGCCUCUUGGGCUAAUAUUUUCCUUGUGCCUUUGAUGUUCUUCAUUCUCCUUUGCUCCAGGUGGGUUGGGACGAAUUGAUGCAUCUUAGAUGGCUGCUCACAAGCUUUUAAGACCCCAGACACCAGCGGGUGGCAGAACAUUUUCUUAAUAAACUUAUGCUAAUUGACCUAGACGUCCCUCAAAACCAUGGUUCCCAUACCCCAGCCCCAGCUACUGUGUCCCUCAGAGUAGCAUUUGGUCAUGUCCUGGAAACUUCUUAGCUUUUGGUUUAGUCCAGUUGUGCUGACUUCUCCUGUAUUGUGUAUUGUGCUUCCCUUGACCUAAGAUAAUUCUUGUCUACUAUCUAGUUAGUGGCCAUUUUGACAAUCAUAUAGUCUACUACGCUGGGAAUGACAACUUGUAGAGGAAUGGUAUUGCAUUCAUUGUCAAAAAGAACGUUUCAAGAUCUAACCUGAAGUACGAUGCUGUCAGUGAUAGGAUAAUAUCCAUAUAUCUACUUUACCACAAAGAAGACCAGUUAAUAUGACUACUAUUCAAAUUUAUGCACCAACCACUAGGGCCAAAGAUGAAGAAAUGGAAGAUUUUUAUCAGCUGCUGCAGUCUGAAAUUGAUCGAACAUGCAACCAAGAUGCAUUGAUAACUACUGACGAUUGGAAUGUGAAAGUUGUAAACGAAGAAGGACCAGUAGUUGGAAAAUAUGGCCUUGGUGAUAGAUACAAUGCUGGAGAUCGAAUGAUAGAAUUUUGUAAGACCAACGACUUCUUCAUUGCAAAUACCUUCUUUCACCAACAUAAAUGGCGAAUAUACACAUGGACCUCACCAGAUGGAACACACAGAAAUCAAAUUGACUACAUCUGUGGAAAGAGUAGUUGGAAAAGCUCAGUAUCAUCCGUCAGAACAAGGCCAGGGGCCGACCGUGGAACAGACCAUCAAUUGCUCAUAUUCAAGUUCAAGCUGAAACUGAAGAAAAUCAGAGCAAGUCCACAAGAACCAAAAUAUGACCUUGAGUAUAUUCCACCUGAAUUUAGAGACCAUCUGAAGAAUAGAUUUGACACAUUGAACGCUAGUGACCAAAGACCAGAUGAGUUGUGGAAGGAAUGACAUCAAGGACAUCAUCCCUGAAGAAAGCAAGAGGUCAUUGAAAAGAUAGGAAAGAAAGAGAAGACCAAGAUAGAUGUCAGAGGAGACUCCGAAGCUUACUUUUGAACAUUGAGCAGCUAAAGUAAAAGGAAAAAUUGAUGAAGUAAAAGAACUGAACAGAAGAUUUCAAAGGGCAUCUUGAGAAGACAAAAUAAAGUAUUAUAAUGACAUGUGCAAAGAGCUGGAGAUGGAAAACCAAAAGGGAAGAACAUGCUCGACAUUUCUCAAGCUGAAAGAACUGAGGAAAAAAUUCAAGCCUGGAGUAGCAGUAGUGAAGGAUUCUAUGGGGAAAAUAUUAAGCUACACAGGAAGCAUCAAAAGAAGAUGGAAGGAAUACACAGAGUCACUAUACCAAAAAGAAUUAGUCAAUGUUCAGCCAUUUCAAGAGGUGGCAUAUGAUCAGGAACCAAUGGUACUGAAGGAAGAAGUCCAAGCUGCAUUGAAGGCAUUGGUGAAAAACAAGGCUCCAGGAAUUGAUGGAAUAUCAAUUGAGAUGUUUCAACAAACGGAUGCAGUGUUGGAGGUGCUCACUUGUCUAUGCCAAGAAAUAUGGAAGACAGCUUCCUGGCCAAUUGACUGGAAGAGAUCCAUAUUUAUGCCUAUUCCCAAGAAAGGUGAUCAAACCGAAUGUGGGAAAUUAUAGAACAAUAUCAUCAAUAUCCAACGCAAGCAAAAUUUUGCUGAAGAUCAUUCAAAAACGGCUGCAAUGGUCUAUCGACACGGAACUGUCAGAAAUUCAGGCCGGUUUCAGAAGAGGAUGUGGAACCGGGGAUAUCAUUGCUGAUGUCAGAUGGAUCCUGGCUGAAAGCAGAGAAUAGCAGAAGGAUGUUUACCUGUGUUUUAUUGACUAUGUAAAGGCAUUUGACUGUGUGAAUCAUAACAAAUUAUGGAUAACAUUGCAAAGAAUGGAAAUUCCAGAACCCUUAAUUGUGCCCAUGAGGAACCUUUACAUAGAUCAAGAGGCAGUUGUUCACACAGAACAAGGAGAUACUGAUUGGUUUAAAGACAGGAAAGGUGUGGGUCAGGGUUGUAUUCUUUCACUAUAUCUGUCCAAUCUGUAUGAUGAGCAAAUAAUACGAGAAGCUGGACUGUAUGAAAAAGAACGGGCCAUCAGGAUUGGAGGAAGACUCAUUAACAACCUGUGUUAUGCAGAUGACACAACCUUGCUUGCUGAAAGCGAAGAGGACUUGAAGCACUUACUAAUGAAGAUCAAAGAUCACAGCCUUCAGUAUGGAUUGCACCUCAACAUAAAGAAAACAAAAAUCCCCCCAACUGGACCAAUGAGCGACAUCAUGAUAAACGGAGAAAAGAUUGAAGUUGUAAAGGAUUUCAUUUUACUUGGAUCCACAAUCAACAGCCAUGGAAGCAGCAGUCAAGUAAUCAAAAGACGCAUUGCAUUGGUAAAUCUGCUGCAAAGGACCUCUUCAAAGUGUUGAGGAGCAAAGAUGUCACCUUGAAGACUAAGGUGCACCUGACCCGAGCCAUGGUAUUCUCAAUUGCAUCAUAUGCAUGUGAAAGCGGGACAAUGAAUAAGGAAGACCGAAGAAGAGUUGAUGCCUUCGAAUUGUGGUGUUGGCGAAGAAUAUUGAAUAUACCAUGGACUGCCAAAAGAACAAACAAAUCUGUCUUGGAAGAAAUACAACCAGAAUGCUCCUAAGAAGCAAGGAUGGUGAGACUGCAUCUUACGUAAUUUGGACAUGUUGUCAGGAGGGCUCAGUCCCUGGAGAAGGACAUCAUGCUUGGCAGAGUACAAGGUCAGCGGAAAAGAGGAAGACCCUCAACGAGGUGGAUUGACACAGUGGCUGCAACAGUGAGCACAAGCAUAACAAGGAUUUUAAGGAUAGCUCAGGAUUGGGCAGUGUUUCGUUCUGUUGUGCAUAGGGUCGCUAUGAGUCAGAGCCGACUUGACUGCACCUAACAACAACAACAACAACAAUCUAGUUAGUGAAUUCCCCUCUCCCUCCCUCCCUACCCUCGUAACCAUCAAAGAAUGUUUUCUUCUUUGUUUAAACCUUUUCUUGACUUCUUAUAUUAGUGGUCUUGUACAAUAUUUGUCAUUUUGUGACUAAUUUCACUCAGCAUAAUGCCUUCCGGAUUCAUCCAUGUUGUGAGAUGUUUUGCGGAUUCAUCAUUGUUCUUUAUCAUUGAGUAGUAUUCCAUUGAAUGUACCGUAAUUUGUUUAUCCACUCAUCUGUUGAUGGGCACCUAACUUGUUUCCAUCUUUUUGCUAUUAUGAACAGUGCUGCAGUGAACAUGGGUGUGCAAGUAUCUAUUCAUGUGAUGGCUCUUAUUUCUGUAGGAUAUAUUCCAAGGAGUGGGAUUGCUGUAUCGUGUGGAACGUCUGUUUCUAGCUUUUUAAGGAAGCACCAAAUCGAUUUCCAAAGCAAUUUUACCAUUUUACAUUCCCACCAGCAGUGCAUAAGUGUUCCAGUCUCUACACAACCUGUACAACAUUUAUUAUUUUGUGUUUUUUGGAUUAGUGUCAAUCUUGUUGGGGUGAGAUUGUAUCUCAUCUUAGUUUUGAUUUGCAUUUCUCUAAUGGCUAAUGAUCGUAUUUCCUCAUGUAUCUGUUAGCCAGCUAAAUGUCUUUUUUAGUGAAAUGUCUGUUCAUAUACUUUGCCCAUUUUUUAAUUGGGUUGUUUGUCUUUUUGUUGUUGAGACAUUGCAGUAUCUUGUAGAUUUUAGAGAUUAGACCCUUAUGGGAUAUGUUGUAGCCAAAAUUUUUUUCCCAGUCUGUAGAUUAUCUUUUUACUCUUUUGGUUAAGUUUUUUGAUGAGCAUAAGUGUUUGAUUUUUAGAAGCUCCCAGUUAUUUAAUUUCUCUUAUGGUGUUUGUGCAUUGUUAGUUAUGGUCUAUAUUCUGUUUAUGCCAUGUGUUAGCGCUCCUAGCAUUGUCCCUAUUUUUUCUUCCAUGAUCUUUAUCAUUUUAGAUUUUAUAUUUAGGUCUUUGAUCCAUUUUGAGUUAGUUUUUGUUCAUGGUGUGAGGUAUGAGUGCGGUUUCAUUUUUUUGCAGAUGGAUAUCCAGUUAUGCCAGCACUGUUUGUUAAAGGGACAGUCUUUUCCCCACUUAACGAAGUUUGGGUCUUUGUCAAAUAUUAGCUGCUCAUAGGUGGGUGAAUUUAUGUCUGGAUUCUCAAUUCUGUUCCAUUGGUCUAUGUAUCUGUUGUUGUACCAGUACACCAGGCUGUUUAGACUACCAUAGUGGUGUAAUGGAUUCUAAAAUCAGGUAGUGUGAAACCUCCCACUUUGUUUUUCUUCUUCACUAAUGCUUUACUGGGAAACCCUGGUGGUGUAGUGAUUAAGUGCUAUAGCUGCCAGCCAAAGGGUCGGCAGUUCGAAUCUGCCAGGUGCUCCUUGGAAACUCUAUGGGGCAGUUCUACUUUGUCCUAUAGGGUCACUAGGAGUCAGAAUUGACUUGAUGGCACUGGGUUUGGUUUUUUUUAAUGCUUUGCUUAUUUGGGGCCUCUUGACGGCACUGGGUUUUGGGUUCCCUUUUAUAUGAAGUUGGUGAUUUGUUUCUCCAUCUCAUUAAAAAAUGUCAUUGGAAUUUGGAUUGGGAUUGCAUUAUAUCUGUAGAUUGCUUUGGGUAGAAUCGACAUGUUCACAAUGUUGAGUCUUCCUAUCCAUAAGCAUAGUAUGUUUUCCCACUUACGUAGGCCUCUUUUAGUUUUUUGUAGUAGCAUCUUGUUGUUUUCUUUGUAUAGGUCUUUUAUGUCUCUGGUUAGGUUUAUUCCUAAGUAUUUUGUCUUCUUGGGGGCUAUUGUAAAGGUAUUGAGUUGGUGAUUUCCUCUUCGAAGUUCUUUUUGUUGGUAUAGAGAAAUACAGCUGAUUUUUGUAUGUUUGUCUUGUAUCCUGAUACUUUGCUGAAAUCUUCUAUUAGUUCCAGUAGUUUUCUUGUGGAUUCUUUGGGGUUUUCUAUGUAUAAGACCAUGUCAUCUGCAAAUAGAGAUAUUUUUACUUCUCCCUUACAAUUUUGGAUGUGCUUUAUUUCUUUUUCUUGCCUUAUUGCUCUGGCUAGGACCUCCAGCACAAUGAUGAAAAAGAGUGGUGAUAAAGGGCACCCUUGUCUGUUUGCUGUUCUCGAGGGGAAUGCUUUCAGACUCUACAUUUAGGAUGAUGUUGGCUUUGUAUAAAUGCCCUUCAUUAUGUUGAGGAAUUUCCCUUCUGUUCAUGUUUUGCUGAGAGUUUUUAUCAGGAAUGGGUUUUGGACUUUGUCAUUUGCCUUUUCUGCAUCAGUUGAUAAGAUCAUGUGGUUCUUAUCUUUUGUUUUAUUUAUGUAAUGGAUUACAUUGUUUUUCUAGUGUUGAACCAUCCCUGCAUACCUGGUAUG